AUGAAUACAGCAGAUGCACCUAAUUUCAUAAGAACUCCUCAGCCAGAUCAUUCUGAAAUUGCUGCAAAAAUAGUAUCAUUGAUAUCAUUUUCUGUUCUAUCUUGUCUCUUUGGCAUGAAGACGUUUAAUAUCCAAUUUCGAUACUUGACAUAUUCUAGAUGGCUUGUAUUAAUUUUAUAUUUAUUUUCUUGGUCAUUUACAGUGUUUAGUAUGCUACUUGUUACGACAAAUAAUGAGACUAGACGAAACACAUUAUCAUACAAGAUAAAUCUUACAUUGAUGUUACCCUAUAUUGGUAUCUUAACACUUAUGUUAAUAUUUCAUAUAUCUGAAAUUGAUAGCAAUGGUGUUUGUACUAUUGGGCUUGAAUCCAUUGCAGCGAUACCACUUAUUCUUAUCAAUCUGUAUAUGACAUUUUUUUUUGUUCGACCUUUAUUAAGAUUAGAGAACAAUAGCAUAGGUAGAGAUCGAAAAAGAUCUCGUCUAAAUGAAGUAGCUUUCCGUACACUUGUUGCUUCUAUUGUAUGCCUGAUUGUAUCUUUUGCGAAUAUUUUUUCUUUGCAAAUGCUUAAUGGUAGAGAAAGAGGACUUGUAUGCUUAACAUGUUGUACAGUUGAUGUUACAAUUAACGUUAUUACCAUUCACUGGGUAACGACUCAAAAUAUAAGAAAACGAGCAAUAAGAACAGAUUUGGACUAUAUUAGUUCUCUUCAAAAUCGUGUGUCGAAUCCAAGAAAUGAUAACGUAGUUGAUAUUAUAGAAACCGAUGUAAUCAAUUGUAACCAAUACAAUCAAAAAUCAAAAGUCAGUAUUGAUAUGAAUCAAACUGAUUGUAUUGAUUCCAAGAUAGAAAACAAACUUGAUGAUAAUUUGUCAGACAUUUCAUCUCUUCAUGAUAGUCGAAAAUCAUUAACAAAAAAAUAG